AAUCAGUCAGACAGACACAAACACAAGCCAGCCUCAACCAUCACCAGCUUCACUCGUUACAGGCUGUGAAAUCCGAAAAAACACCGCGGUCAGUUAGUUCACAAGCCCCGAACACAGCCUCCACUACAUUGGACCAGUUUGCUAGCUAACGUUAAAACAAGAGAGAUGAGUCAGGCAGAGCAGGUGCCUGAGGACGUGCCUGCAUACCUCAACGAUGAGCCAGUCGCUACAGAUAACAACAAGGACCACCCAGAGACACAGCCGGGCAUGCUUGGCAGGCUGGCGGGGGGCUUGUACGGUGCCACCAAGGGAGCUUUGGGAGCGACGGUGGGCGGCGUGACCUGGAUAGGGGGAAAGAGUCUGGACCUCACCAAGACUGCAGUCACUUCUGUAGCCGCCGUGCCUGCAGCGGGAAUCGGGCUGGUUAAAGGGGGCGUGUGCGCCGUGGCUGGAGGAGUGACUGCCGUCGGCUCUGCAGUGGUUAGCAAAGUCCCCAUAGGGGGAAGCAAAAAGAAGGACAAGUCUGACUGAGCAGAGAGGAGAGAGUGAACACACAGCUGAGUUGAAUGGCUCGCACUGCAUUUGCUUGUUUUAGCAUAUGUGAGCAGGAAAAGAGCAAGAGAGGACUCAAAGUUCAGUGUGCACGUUUUGGUGUUGGUUCUGUGCUUUUUUUUCUUUUUUUUUUGUUAUGUGAUUUGUUGGUAAACACACGUUCAUACAAUAAUGUGGCAAAGAUUUCUAAAGCAACAACAUAACAAAGACUCCUUCUCUGUUGUUAAAGCAAAUCACACCAGACUGUUUCCACCUGUGCCUGAAAUUUCUCAAAUGAAAUAUUCAUAUUACUUUGUUAGUAAGCCACAACGCUGUUUUCACUGUACAUUGUUGUCUUUUGCAUUAGUUAACUUCAGCAUUAGAGGCAAACAGCACAGUAGCAGAAAUUAAAUGUCACUUGCAAGACAAUCAGUGAUGGUCUAUAACUGACAAUGAGGUGUUUCUUGGAGAUUUGAAAUAUUUUGCUGUUAAAUUGAUCUGGGAAUGCUCACAGUAUGAUUUCAGGAUAUCAACAGUCCAGAUUAACAUCUUAAUUACUUUCCAGCUGUUGAUAUCUACUGUUGAGUUCCUGUGACAUUUUGUUUUCUUCUGACUUCUUAUCACCCUCUGGUGGUUAUAUUCCAGCUCAGUGGAAGGCAGAUCCAGCUUUUGAUGCAGAUUCCGACUUAGUACAGUACAUAUUGUGCCAGACUAUGAAAGCAUAUGAACUGCAAUUUACUUCUUCUCUAAUUUUGCAGUUUCUGCUUAUUUUGUGUAAGUAUUUGAACAUGUUUCCUUGAAAAAAAAAAACCUAAAACACUUUCAGAAGCUUCAAAAUUAUGCUCCGCACAACAGCAAGAAAGCUAACGUCUCAGUCAGUGUUUCUUUAAGUUCAUCUGUUAAGAGACACCAUGUUUACUGUUGCACACCAGGAAUCUGAUGGCUGGAUUUCUUGACAUUUGCAUUCUGAAUUUCAAGGGUCAAGUACAUUUUAAAGAUGAAAACCUGUAAAAAAAUGCAUUUAAAUAAAUUAAAAAAAAAUCUUUUGUUACUCUGCUUUGUAUCAUGCAGCAGUAAGGUUGCAAAGCUUUUGCCUUUACCAGUGUCUCAUGUCAGAAUGUUUUGAACAUUAUCGACACAUGGUGAUAUAUUCUGAACUUGUAUAAAUAAAACAACUGGAAGUUUUC